AUGCUUACUGACUUGGGCUUCCAGUGCGACCAGACCAGACCGGCAUGUUUGCAGUGCACUAGGGCUAAUCGUGCCUGUCCUGGGUAUCGAGAUGAGCCUUCGCUCCUGUUUCGUGAUGAGACCCAGGAUGUGGUGCGAAAGGCGAAAGAAACAAAAUUAUCGAAAGCGGCGUCGCAUCUAUCAAAGAAAAAACGCACUUCAUGCUCUUUCGAGAAUGACGCAAACUCGGAUAAGCGGGUUAUACUUCGACCUGCCACUGCUGUCGAGUCGCAGCGGUACAACUACGAUUGUGACCCGUUAAGGCUCCGAUGGAUCUCGGCGCCUAUCACGGAACAGGCCACAAAUUUCUUCUUCGCUAAUUUUGCGUGGCUUGCGGCGUCCCUGAUGCAGAAGGGUGUGCUUUUCGCCCCUAAUCUAGACGAUUCUUUAGGGGGAAAGGCUUUAAUGGCUGGUGUUGCAUCAAUCGGCUCCGCGACACUAUCGAAUAUUCAUAACGCCCCUGAAUUCCAUGUAUCAGCAAGAGAGAACUAUAUAGCUGCUUUGCGUCUGAUCAAAGGAGCACUUGCGGACACUGGCCAAGCGAAAACAGAUUUGACGUUCACCGCUUCGAUUCUUCUAGGCAUAUUUGAGCUUGUCACUUGCACGAAUCCUGCCACGGCAGAUAAUUGGACUGGCCACGUCAGAGGCGCUAUGGCACUCUUCCAGUUACGAGGCGCCAGCCGGCUUGAGGAUGAAUCAGGAAUGCGCAUGUUCCAUCAGCUAAGAAACCAAAUUCUCAUCUCCUGUCUUCAAAGGAAAACGCGUGUGCCCGCCUUAGUGCUAGAGUUGUCGAGGAAAGCUGCUUUCUUAAAAGCGCCUGGGACUACUUAUUUUGAUCGCCUCGCAGAAACGGUCGCCAAAUUAUGUAAUUUACGCGCUGAUAUCGCGUCCAAGUCAAUAACCAAUAAUUCGGAGAUCUUCUCAGCGGCCUGCUCUAUCGAAUGCGAGCUGUUAGCUUGGGUUAACAGCCUUCCUCCCAAUUGGGCUUAUAGUACGAACCAGGCCGCCGAAGGAAACGAUAAACUGAGAACUGGGUGGAAUGGGCUAUACCCAUAUAAUGGCCGAUAUCAUGUCUACGAGGAUUUGUGGAUAUGUAGCGCCUGGAACCAGUGCCGUGCUGCUCGAAUUUUUGUCAACGAGAUUAUUCUGACACGUCUGUGGCUGAUGCACAGUGAAUCUGCCACGGUUUCCGUUUCAAGCGAAUUCAGAGUUCAGUGUGGUAAUAUUCGGAGUACCUUGAGGCAACUGGCAGCGGAUGUUUGCUACAGCGUUCCCUAUUGUUGUGCGAGCGUCAAUGGGGUCGAUUUCGUUGAUAUCGGAGAUGUUUCUGUCUCAAAGUCUACUGUUGGAGGAUUCACAGUACUCUGGGCUCUGUUCUUGGCUGGCUCGGUCGAGGGCUGUGAUAGUGUGCUUGGUGAGUGGUGUAUUGAGUGCCUUCGCUGGAUCGGGCAUACACUCGGGAUUGGACUGGCACUGGCUAUGAUUGACAUCCUUCGCAUGAACACCGGGAUUCUUCAAUGGAUGGAUAGCAUGGAUCGAGAAACCCACUCAACCGGAACCGAAACGGCGAACGGAAACGAUAUACACGACCUCUCCACGAAAACCAAUGACCCCUGGUGGGAUCGGGAAAUGGCUCAUCAAGAUACACAGUCAUGA